GCACCCUCUCACGUCAGUGGUCCAUGACAGUGCCCCCUGUAGUGAAUGGCACCAUAGGAGGAGAUGUGGUCCUACCCUGCUCCUUCACCCAUCCCCAGCAACAAGACUACUCCAAAGACAUCACAGUUCAGUGGAUUGCCAGACAAUUCCAUUAUAUGCCCUUCUUCCAGUGCAAGGUGACAAAUGUUACUAAUGGGGGACUUAAUUAAUGUUCAGUCGCUGACCAAUCCCAGCGCUUCUCAGUCAAAGGAGACCCUAAGCAGAGGGAUCUCUCUCUCCUCAUCAGAGAUUUGGCGGUCACAGACAAUGGAGUAUACUUCUGCAGAGUGGAGCUGGACUUUUACUGGCUUGGUGGAAAAUGGCAGACACCCAGUGGCACACAGCUCAAUAUCGUGGGUAAUGGGUCUCACUACGUUGUCAGCAAUAACAUAUUUUUUAUUGAGGGUCUAGGAAAAUGAAACGCUUUACCACAAUGAUACUCAUGCAAGGUUUGUGCUUUGUCCCUAGCUAAGGCCCAGUUUAUCAGCCUGUUUUGGGUAGAGGCGUCCUCCGGCCCAGGCAAUGGGAGCCUCAGGUGUGUAGUUGAGGGGAACCCACCACCCACCAUCACCUGGUUUUCCUCCUCUAAGAGUAACAUAGACCCUGGCGUCAGCACCAUAGAAACGCACCCAUUUCAGUGGACCAGUUGUAUCCCUAUUCCGCCCAGGAAGUGUACACCUGCAUGGCAGAGAACAGCCUGGGGAGGGCACAGAGACGGUUCCCCCCUGGACCCACUGCUCUGACUGUAGCCCUCUCUGUGUGUGGGGUCCUGCUUCUGCUGCUGCUCCUUGGGGUGUCUUUAUUUUGCCUGAGAAAAAGAGGUAGGUGAUUGAUACCUGUACAAAAAUAAAUACUAGUAAAGAUAUAUUAAGAUAUUCUAUUUUAGGAGUAUUUACAGAUUAAUAUAUACUAUCCCUGGUCUUUUCCAAAAGGAUACCUGAGAUUCUGCAAUUCAGAAAAGAGUAAGCAGCAAUCUGAGUUGUGCACAGAUCCUGCUAUAGGUAAGGGUUAUUACUCUUUUCUAGACUAUCUGAGUCUUUCUAUUUCUGAUCGGUAAUUAUUUUUCCUCAGAUGAAAGGGCGGGGUUUGAGUUGAAAGACAGUUUUAAGUGGUAGGCUAUUCAGUAAAUUUUUACAUUUUAGUAAUUUAGCAGACGCUCUUAUCCAGAGCGAUUUACAGGAGAAAUUAGAGCCUUCCUCAAGAGCACAUCGACAGAUUUUUUACCUAGUUGGCUCAUGGAUUCGAACUGGCCCAACAUAUCAUAUCCUCUCAUUCAGUCAUAAACGUAGUGUGUCACAGCAGUUUACAUUUGUACUUUUUACUUCCCUGUUUCUAAAGUUGUGGUAAGUGGAUCCUCUAUCUAUGCCAAUGUCUCAGAAAUGUGUGAGUGGACAAGACCG